AUGUAUAGCGACGCUUUAGCGAAACCGUUUGGCACUUUUGAUGAGACGUGGGGGGAUAAUAUUGUAUUUAGAUUGGUACAUGUUGUUUUGACACAGGUUAGACCCGAGGUACACCGUCCCCACGUCGGCCCAACAGGCGGUAUGAAAUGCGUUGAUUACGAUUACAACCAAGGGUAUCUCGCAGACGACUUGGCGCUUUUCGGUAGUAACGAUGCUUUACAAUAUUGA